AUGUCGGCGGACGAGCCUGACGAGCUUCUGUGCGAGGGCGCCGAGCUCGUCCGCUUUGAGCAGUAUGAUGCGUUUAUGGAGAAGCAGCAUGCGAUGCUGGCGUGUGUCGGGGUGCAUGAUGAAGACGGUGCGUGUGCGUAUCUACCGGCGUUGGAGGCAGAAUUGCAGCGGUAUCAAGAACAGGCGUACGUGCUUGAUCCGUUCUUGGAACGACUCGUUACGCCCGUGGCUCAGACGAUGCGUGCGCAGGUUCUGGAGAGCGGCUGUAUGUGCAUGGCACCUGUGGCGCGCCUCUUGUACAUGUAUACCAAGGUGCGUGGCUACAAGGUCGUGUCUCGCUUUUUCCCUCACCAAGUGCGCGAGAUGCCCUUGCUCCUCGACGCCCUCGAGCGAUUCGAGAGUCCGACGUGGGAAUGCCUGUACGUGCUGCUGCUGUGGCUGUCGUCGGUGGUGCUUGUCCCUUUCCCGCUGGACCGCGGCACGCCGUCUCCGUCGGAGCGCAUUCACCGCCUCUGUGCCAGGUUCCUGUCUAGGCCAGGCAAGGAGCGCGAUGCUGCGAGUAUCGUGCUAGGACGCUUGUACGCGCGUGAAGAAUGCGAGCUCUUCUUUUCGGCGUUCCUUCAAGAUGCUGAGCAGGCCACUGCGUCGCUCGUGCCCACAGGCGUACUGCAAACACUCUGUGCGUUCGUCAAGCAGGCGGAUGCAUCCCUCAUACGAGCGCACUAUGAUGCGAUGUUGCGUGUCAUCGCCCAUCUCCGCACAGUUGAUACACGCAACAUGCUAGUCGAUCGUUACGCCAUCAAGCUCGAAGGGCGUCUCGCGAUGCAUGAUCCACGAGACGCCCAUGUGGAUACCCUGCUGCAUGCACUGGCCCAUGCCGACUCACGCGUGCGCUACAGUGCGGCUAAGGGCACGGCGCGCGUUGCCUCGCGCCUCCCGCACGCAUGGCGCGCGCAGAUCCUCGAGGCACUGCUGACCAUGCUCUCUGAGCAUAUUCUGUCUCACACGAUGCCAGAUGGCCUGCACGAAGCACGCGCGUUCAGUGAGCAGACAGCCGAGACACUGCGGUGCGUUGACCUGCAUGGCGUGUCCGAGUAUACGUGGCACGGCGUGUUUCUGGCGCUGGCCGAGUGCAUCCGUCGCGCGGCGGUGCCCAUCGACGUACGAAUGGUGUACUGGACACUCACGGGCCUCGUGUUUGACGUUCGUCGCGCCACAGGCUCCACAGGCACAAGUGUGCGUGAUGCGUGCUGCUACGUCCUGUGGUCUCUCGCACGUACGCGCGACGCGCCUCAUGUGCUCGCUGUGCCGAUAGCCCAGCGCCUCAUUAUCGCCGCCACGCUCGACCGCGACGUGGCUGUCCGACGUGCCGCCAGUGCGGCGUUCCAAGAAUGGGUCGGUCGUGCGACGGUGCCGCAUGGCAUCGACAUCCUCCGCACCGCCGACUUUGCCGCCGUCGGCACACGUCGGCAUGCGUACUUGACAUGCGCGCCUUUCGUGGCCCAGUUCGACACGUAUCGCCCGGGCCUCGUGGCGUAUGCAGAACGCUCGCUUCUCUCGCACUGGGAUGCCGCUGUGCGCAUACUGGGUGCCCAGGCACUCGCUCGCAUGCUCGCUGGACGCGAUGCCCGUCCUGUGCUGCUGCGUCUGUGCCCUCGUUCAGCGAGUCACGACACCGACGUGGCCCAUGGCGCGCUGGUGGCGCUGGCGCAUCUUGUGCGUGACCACCCUGCUCUGGCGCAGGAGGCCUGUCGUGCCGCGCUGAGCACGUCGCCGAGUGUGUGGCGUGCGCCUGGCGGCGCGUCGAUUCUUGCCUCGGCGUGCCAUGUUGUGUCCCUUUGUCUUGCGCCGACCGACACGGCGCCUCUGCGCUCCCUGUGGAACGAGGCAGUGCUGCGACCUGAAGUCGAGGUGCAGGACAUGGUCGUGGCGUCGAUCCGAGCCCUCAAGGACCAUGUCAUCGUGCACGACCUCGUGCGCACUUGGCUCGAUACGUGGCCGAGCCUGUCUCCGGACACACAGUGCGUGGCUGCCAAGGCGAUGGGCGUCGUGGACGUGUACGCCGAUGAGCGGUGUGAGCGCCUGUGCGACGUGCUGCGGUCGGGCGCCGUCGAGGCGCGCUGUGCAGCGGCACGCUCCCUGUCGACGCUGCCGACGCACCGUGUUGUGCCAGCGCUGCGUGCUGGGCUGCAUGACAUGACGACGGAUGCGCGAGGCGACGUCGGCUCGUGGGUCCGCGUGGCCUGCAUCGAGAGUCUCGGCGCGCUCGAGUGCGAUGCUGACACGCUCGUCGAUAUGGCCGGUCUGCUCAUGGAGCGGAUCGAUACGGUCCGAGUCAAGGCGGCCGACGUGCUGAGCCGGAUGAACGCGUCAUGGCGCGAUGCGAUCGGAGAUCCCUCGUUGCUGCGUGAUGCCAGCUACGCCUUUCCACAUCUCAUGCCCCUCCUCGAUGAGCCUGCGUACCGCUUUUCGCUUCUGCGCUCCCUCGUUCGCACGAUAGGCAGCCGAUCGGACAUGGCGCUGCGCGUCGCCGGACAGGCGCUCGUGCAAUGGGCGAAGCAGGCUUCGAGCGACAAGGUCCAGGAUGUAGGUGUGAUGCUGCACCGCCAAGCCAACACACACGCGCGCGAUAACCGCACCUUUGUACCGGUCCUGCAGACGGUCCAACUGCUAUUGGAUUGGGACGUGCGCCUCGAUGUGCCCCUUCUGGCGCGUUUCGUGCGUCUCGCGAGCCAUCAUGUCGACAAGGUGCAUAGUGUGCCGCGCAUCCUCGCCGCCAUGCGCAUCUGCGUGCAUGCAAGCCAGGUGCCUGGCGCCGUGCCUGACGCUGCUGCGUACCUGAUACCCUUUCUGACGCAUCGAUAUCCGGCCGUGCGCAUCCACACCAGCGAGCAGCUGUUCCUCCUUGUACAAGAGCUCAGCAUGGAGCACGACACGACCGAGAUCGAGGCCGCACUGCUCGACACGCCCUGGGCCACGGCACCGCCGACGGAUCUUGGCGCCGCGUCGACUCACAUCGUACAUUGUAUCUAUGAUAUACUGGCAGCCAAACACCGUGCUCCGUAG